AAUUGGUCGCAAUUUUUUUUAGCAUAAAGUUAUCAUAUAUACGAACAUGUUAGAAUUAUUGAAAUUUGAGGAAAAUUAUUUGAUAAUCUAGAUUGACAUUAAAUGUCCUUCCUCUGAUUCCUCUAAAUGAAAAUUUUAAAUUUAUAUAUCCAUCAAUUAUUUAUAAAUUGUCAGUGAAAACUCAACCAGAGAAUUUCAAAAAUUGAUAAUUAAUUGAAAUUUAAAUCACGCUCUUACGAAAUUGCUUUAAAAAAAUUAGAUUUAAACUUGAAAUAACCAGAUGUAGAGAGCGAUGAUGCUCAGAACAUGCUAAAACUUAAAAAAACUAGACACUCAAGAUCUAUUAAAGUAAAAGAUGAAUACGAAAAUGAAAUGAGGGUAACAAAAAAACACAAACCUUUAUCUGUUAUAACGAAAGUUUUGUGUGUAGCACAAAAGUCUGAAGUUGAUAUUAAUGGAAAUGAUUCUAAACGUGACAAUAAUUUUGAAGAAUAUCAUUCGAUAGAUGAAAAUGAUUUUGAGCAAAAUCAUUCGAAAGAUGAAAGUGAUUUUGAGGAAAAUUAUUCGAAAUAUGAAAAUGAUUUUAAGAAAAAUGAUUCUACAAAUGAAAAUAAUUUUGAGGAAAAUCCAAAGAUGAAAGGAAUUUAGAUGGAAAUCAUUUCACACAUAAAGAUCAUUCUGAUCAAAUUCAUUCCAAAUAUCCACUCUUGAUAGACAUUAAUUAUUCAGAAGCAGUUCGAGCCUCAGAGCAAGAGAAACAUUUGAUAAACUCAACAAUGUUACCUUCAACAUCGUAUUCUUCCUUAGGUGAUACUAAACCUAAACAUGCUAACCAUAAAAAAGUAAUUAGAGAUUUUAAAAAAGAAAGUCAUUCAAGACCUGCAAAUACUUUACCUUCUACUUCAAAUUAUCGUGAAACAAAAACUAAUCGUCAAGAAGAUAAAAUCUUACCUUCUACGUUGAGUUCUUCCGCAGAAAGAAGUAAACACAAAGAAGAAGAAAAUCGUUCAAAGUUAAUUUUAAAAAAAUUAACUGAAAUUGAUAUAAAACUGUCAACUUCAAACGACGGAUCUUUAAUGAAUUCAAAGAAAUUGAAUAUCUUUGGACAGGGUGAUUUAAAGAUGUUUCCUGCGAAAAUUUUAAACGAAAUGGUGGACAUUGAGAAAAAACUCAAGUCGAAAAGAUUUCGAAAUACAGUGAUGGAUGCAUUAGAGCUUUUAGGGAAAGAAAAAAGUGUAAGCUUAAUUAUGAGGAAUAUGAUGGAUCAAUUACUAACCUACGAACUUGGACAAGCUUACACAUUUCACGGGAAAAUGUAUAACAAGCAGAAGAAACCGGCUUUUAAAUCUUUAAGAUUAAAUUCAGUAAUCUACAAAGCUGCCAUGAAACUUGAUAUUAAUAGGGCUGAUGCCAAAAGUGGAAUCACAGAAUGGUUAAACCAAGCAAAAAAUUAUAAUGAUCGAUUUCAAGCUUCUUUGGAGAAACAAAGAGAAAUCGAAAGGCUGGCAAAUUUGGAUGAAUCGUCCUUAUCAGAAGCUGACGAUUAAAAGACCUGAGGAAUAUCCUCCUUUACAAAUAUUUCCUUUAUAUAUUUAAAGGAUUUUUGGUCUUGGUUAGAGAAAUAAUAUCAAGACCGGAAACUGGAUGUUUAUUAGUUUUUUUGGAAAUUUUAAUACUUUCAAAAUCGUGUUAGAGAACCAGUACUUUAUAUGGAAAUUUCUUUUUAUAUUUAUUUAAUUUAUUUUACUUUAUUAUUUUAUUACUUUUGACUUUGUAGCUAAGAAAUCAAAAAAUUUGAUUAGACUGGAGGAAAGACAAAACAAGUCAAAGUGUGAUUUAAAAAAUGUUACAAUAAUUUUAAACUAUAAUCUACAAAAGAUUUGUUACAUAAAUAACCUAUUUUCUGAUUUGUUAUCCCUUUAGCCAUUUGAUUUUACGUCCUGCGAAAAAGCUUCUACCUUAUUCAUAAGUUUUUCGUUCUUUUCUUAUUUAACUUUAUUUUUAUGUUUUUAAGCCAGUAACAUCGCAAAUAAUUGUGCUAAAAUUUUAAAAUGUUCU